AAAUUUUGUUUAUUUUUUAAUAGAUUAAAUAUUUAAGAUGGAUGAUAAGUUUUUCGUAUGCGUUUAUUUCGAGGGAAUCAUCUUGACAACAACUGUUGGAUGUAUAUUUGAAUGUCGGCAAUAAAUAGCAAUGAGAUUUAAUAGAAUUGUCUCGUUGGAUGAAAUGACAAAAAUUUUCUAUAAGUUUUCAGUUUCAACAGAUCCGAUCAAAUUCACCGAAAUAGAACUUGUAGACGACAAAGAUGUGGAGUCAAUGAUCGCUCUUUACUGUGGGAAUGAGAGUGACAAAAAUGUAUCGAUUCACUUAUUUACUGAGUUAACCGGUAUGGAGCAAAAUGAAGAUGUCAAUGCAUAUGGUGAAGAACACGGAGCUCAAGAAUCGUGCAUGGUGGCUCCAAUAUCGUACGUUGAUAGUGAAUUGACUAUAGGUGGGAUCGGUAUCGAUCUCAAUAUUACACCCGAUAUUGAUGUGGUUGGUGAUGAUAGAUAUGAUAGUAGCGAUCAUUAUGAUCAAGAGGUCAAUAGUGACAGUGAUCCCGAUGUGGACGAUGUACCUGAUGAUAUUGACAAUGAAGAUGUGAAUAACGAUGGAAACAUUAACGCAUCUUUGGUCGGGAACCAGAUGCGACGUAUUGUGAUACAAAAUAAUCCUGUGUCACACAUAUCGCUCAUAGACCCCGACGAAGCGCAUGUAGCUGAGUUCCCGGAGUACCCUGAAAUACUUCCUGCUCACCGACUGGCCGUAAAUUUUGAUCAUGAGGAGUUAUUCGUAGGCCAGAGAUUUGAAAGUAAAUAAGAGUGUGUAUUUGCUAUUAAACGGUAUAGCAUGAACAUAUUAGUAGACUAUAAAGUCGUAGUUUCUAAACCGACAGUAUAUAUUGGGGAGUGUUGGAAGGUAGCGGAAGGCUACAAUUGGCGGGUAUGAGCUGCAUUCAAUCAAAAUUCGUAGAUGUGAGAGAUACGAAAAUUUGUUGGGCCUCAUACAUGCACAUCAACACGUAUGAAAGAAGAUCAUCGAAAACUUAAUUCCAAAACUAUCUGCACGUGUAUCAUGCCAAUAGUGAAGGACAUGCCGACCAUUAAAGUUUCGGUACUGAUUGCCGAAAUGCAAGCACAAUUCCAAUAUCGAGUAUCAUAUCGAAAGGCGUGGAUAGCUAAAUAGAUGGCAAUAGAGCAAUUGUAUGGGAUUAUGAUUUGUCAUAUAACGAGCUAUAAGGAUGGAUAGCACUAUGCGAGAGUACGUACCUGAGACUGUGAUUGAGUUACAGACAAGACCAUAUUACGGCCCGGACGACCAAUUACAGCCAGGGAAAAGAAUUUUUCAUCGGAUGUUCUGGACAUUUGAUCCAUAUGUGUGGGCAUUUUCCUACUGCAAUCUGUUUGUGCAGGUGGAUAGAACCUCGCUAUAUGAAUAAUAUACACAGAUCUUACUUCUUGCUGUUGCUCAAGACAACAAUAGAAACAUGCUUCCGAUAGCAUUUGCCAUCGUAGAUAAGGAGAACUUGAAAUCUUGAGAAUUCUUCCUUACCAACCUGUGGAGGUAUGCUAUUAGCAACGAUAAUAUUUGUAUCAUCUCCGAUAGAGGGAAAUGUUUAAUUGCAGCAAUUAGGUGUUCUGGUGUGCCAUGGAGAUCCGUUUACUGCAUCCGUCACAUUGCGGCUAACUUCCAUCGAAAUUAUAAUAAUGCAGACUGGAAGAGACAAAUAGUGGCAAUGGCGUACGAGUUAGAACCACAUAUUUUCCGCCAAAGGAUUAUUCGACUUGAGAGUGACAUGGAGGGUCAAACGAACACAUCUUUUUUAUAGUGGUUGGGUACAAUAGAGCCGUGUCAAUGGGCUCAGAGUUUUGAUGAGGACUUUCAUUAUGGUUAAAUGACCACAAACUUAGUGGAGGGGUCAACGUUGUGUUGUUGAAAACACGACAUCUUCCGAUUGCAUCUGUCUUCUCGGCUACAUUCUACAGGUUGACUACCUUGAUGUCAAGAAUGGGUCAGCAACAGGUCGACCAGAUAGAGGCGGGACACGUGUUUGUCGAAGAUGUUAGGAUGCAAUUGUUGUAAACCGUAGGAUGGCGAGGUUGAUGAAUGUAGAAAUAUAUUCACCACGCCUGGAAACGUUUCGAGUUACAGAAACCAUCGGUCGUCGACCCGGUAUACCACCUAGGUCCUAUGGAAUUGAUCUCCGGAACAGAUGGUGCAAAUGUAAAAGGUUUGAAACACUUCAUUAUCCAUAUGCGCACGUCGUGGCAGCGUGUGCUAAAGUGAACCUUAAUGUUGAACAAUUUAUCAAUGAUAUGUGCACGCUCGAGCGCACAUUAUGUGUUUGGGAAAAUAAGUUCCCCGUCCUACCUGACCUGUCUACGUGGAAGAUGCCUCUGACAACUUUCGAGUUUGUCCCAGACAGAGGGCUACACAGGAAUCUAAGAGGUCGUCCGUAA